CAUUACGUCUUGGAAAUUUGUCAACUGACAUUGAAGCUGAAUAAUGUUUUUCUAACAAUUAUUCUGAUUUAUUUUAUUUUUAACAAUAUUAUAUGGGAAGUGGGAAACGACUCUCGAAAAAUAACAUAGCUUGAUGUUUUAGGCAAGUCAUUUUAUUGGUUCUAUGUAUAACUUUUAAAAGAAUGGAUAACACAGACCACUCCGAACAAAACAAUUUCAGUCCUCUCACUGUCCAAGAAGUAGACGUAGAUUUUUUACCGAUUGUGUACGAAAUCAUACGAAGUGUUGAACGAGACUUCCACGAUAAUUCUGCUAAAGUACGAGAAUCCCAGGAUUGCAGUUUGAAAGUAUUAGAGUUACAGAGGAAAUUCGACGUCGCUCGUUCUCAAAUUAAGCGGUUGCCAGGAAUUGAAUACAAUAAACAAGAUCAGUUGAAGCAAUUCGAGAUUCUUAGUACUCAACUGCGACUGAAGAGAGAGUUGUUACAGAGAUACCGUAAUAUGUGCUCUUUUGAAACAUCAUUCAAGUGAUCAGAAUGCCGUUAAGAACACUACUCAGAUAUCUGGCAAAUAAUGAACAUCUUGUGCAGAGAAUCGCUGAAUCCUAUCCAGUCAGAAGAGCCGCACAGUUAGCUGUGUCUGUAUUCUUUAAAGGAAAAGAGAAAAUCUCUGAUAUAGAUCCA